AUUUACCAAAAAUUAACAAAAUCUAAAAUACUAAUAAAUACAAAAAGAAGGAAAAAAAUUGUUUACUUUUUGAGAGUAAAACAAAGUUGGCCAAGUUAAAAACCACAUCCAUCCAUCAUUUUUACUAAUACCUUCCUCCAUUGACAAAAGAUUUCUCUCCUCUUUCGAAUUUGUCUCUCCUUUUUCAGCUCUCUUCUUCUUCUUCUUCCAGUUUCUUUCAAUCUCUCCGGCCGCUUAACCCUAGCGCGCCGCCGGAGGUCCUGCGUUCUUAUCCCGUGCUUUCCUCGCCGUCGCCGUCGCCGUCGCUGCAGAACUCAACAGAAUUGAAGCAUAAGAUGGUGGAUACCGAAAUGCAAGAGCAAGAUGUGACUUUUGGUGCUGAAGAUGUCCUUGUUGAGACAAAGUAUUUAGAGGAAGAACCUUUGGAGCCAGAAAAUCAUCAGAACCCUAGUGAAAUCCCUCAGCCCCUUGUUCUUGGAGAUGGUCAGGCUAAUAAUGGUCAUGGGAUGAAUGGUGGUGUUGGAGUUGUUGACCACUCUGAAAGGAAGACUCGUAAGGUGCAAAUCUUGAGUCCUAAGACUGAAGUUGAAAACACCAGAAAGCGGAAGACUUGGCUGCUGGAUUCUGAGGCACAGGGAAUUGAUGAGGCAGGGACACCAGUAGAACAAGUGGCGUUUCUAAGAGAAGUGGAGGCCUUUUACAAGGAGAAUUUCCUGGAAUUUAAACCUCCUAAGUUUUAUGGACAGCCUUUAAACAUUCUCAAGCUAUGGCGAGCAGUCGUUAAUCUAGGUGGAUAUGAAGUGGUCACCACAAAUAAGCUGUGGCGGCAAGUUGGAGAAUCCUUCCAUCCUCCCAAGACAUGCACAACAGUCUCCUACACAUUCCGCAAUUUCUACGAGAAGGCACUUUUGGAGUACGAAAAGUGUUUAAGGAAAAAUGGUGAGCUUAACCUUCCUGGUUCAACAUUGCCUCUGUCUUCCAGCCUCGAGAAAGAGGCAAGUAGCCAUCAAGGUCCAGGGUCAGGCAGGGCACGAAGAGAUUCUGCAGCUCGUGCUAUGCAAGGUUGGCAUGCGCAGCGCCUUGUUGGAUCUGGAGAGGUUUCUGCGCCUGUUGUUAAGGAUAAGGGCUUAAACUCAACCCCAAAGCAUAAGAAACUCAAAAGCAUUGGGCUACAAAAACACAAACCACAAAAUAGCAUGGACCUUUUUGUUUCAAAUGAAGCUGACAAACAGUCGGCUGCUGAGGUUGUUGAUGUUGGACCCCUUGCUGACUGGGUGAAGAUCAAUGUCAAAGAAACUAAGGAUUCCUUCGAGAUAUUUGCCUUGGUACCUGGACUUCUUCGCAAAGAGGUUCGAAUUCAAUCAGAUCCUGCGGGAAAGGUGGUUAUAACAGGCCAGCCAGAGCAGCUUGACAAUCCUUGGGGCAUUACACCCUUCAAAAAGAUUGUUGACUUAUCAGCAAGAAUCGAUCCGCUUAACACAUCUGCGGUCAUGAGCAUGCAUGGCCGGUUGUUCAUACGAGUUCCGUUUGAGCAGUGAUGGAUGUCAAGAGUGAGCUGGUCAUUUGUUCUUGGUUUCUUCUAGGAAUUCAUCAUAUGUUUCAGAACCAAAUUGUUAGGCGGCUGAAGCAGUUUUGUAACUGUGAUCUGAGUCUGAAGACUGAAGUUAGGAACAUGCAAACAAACAUUUGAUCUUACUGUAAGAUUUGUCUUUUGUAAAAUUUGAGAUUAGUAGGAGAAACUGCUCUAAAUCUUAGUUUAAAUCCAUUUAGGAUGCAACCAACAAUGAUGAUUGAAUGAUAUGCUUUUCUUAUACAUGUUUUUUUUUAUAUA